AUGAUUAUAAGCUACGGAUGGGAGAUGAUAUCUCAGAUGCAUUUGAGAGAGGCUAUAGAACAAUCCAAGAUUUACAUUGUCGUCUUCUCCAAAAAUUAUGCUUCUUCUCCCUGGUGCCUUAAUGAGCUGGUAGAUAUCGUCAGAUUCAAAAAAACAGAACACAGGUUGAUUCUUCCUGUGUUCUACAAAAUUGAUCCAUCUGUUGUGCGUCAUGUAACCAAUGGUUUAAAAAAAGCUUUUGAAGUUCAUCAAGAAGGGUACUACAAGGAUCAAAUGCAGCAAGUGGACAACUGGCGUGCUGCACUGAAAGAAGCCACUAAUGUUUCCGGAGAGCAUGUUUGUGAAAGGAACAGGUAA